CAGUCCAAAACAUCAGAUCAGCUACGUAAUGAGAAACGAACACUGAUUGAUGCCCAGUCAGUGUUUGCACGCCUAAAACACAAGAAGAUCUCCCCAUCAUCCAAGAAGGCUUAUGCCCGCCAGUCUUUAACAGGCAUCAUCACCCAAUCCCAGAAGAACUUCAGCAACUUCAAGAACUCUGGUGCUACACAAAAUCUGGGCAUAAUUCCUAAAAAGGUUUGCUCAGGGAUGUCUUCCAGUCACUUGCCACAGGAGGAGGAAGGCAACAGGGAAGGUGUGGAUCCACAAACCACAUCUUCCACUCAUGAAGGCAAACAAGAACACAGUACUUCUCCCCAGUCCAACAUGACACUGGAAACAUCAACGUCCAAUAAUGUGCCCAAUUCUGCAACAGACCAAAGCAGGGCCAGUCAGAGUUGUAGUGGUAUAGGAGUGAAUCUUGGCAGUCAAAAUACACUGAGUAGCCUCGUUGGGUAUGAUAGCAGUACGAGUGAUAGUGAUUAAUUUAAUCAACUUUGUUGAGCCUGUACUCUUGUUAAGGUCUUGAAAAAAUGUGAUAUUGAUAUAUAAUGCAAAUUUUGGGUUGUUUAAGUUAAACAAUAUUGUACAUAUUUUCUUCUGUGUGGCAUGUACAUUGUAAUUAAAGAAUACAUGAUCUAUUACUUUAGAAAUACAGUAGAGCUUGUAUAAAGUGAAUCUGAUGAA